AGACUAUGUCCAUGACUAUGUCAAUGCGUUAUUAUGUUUACAGAAUACAAAACUUGUGCUUUUAUAACUUUUAAAGUAAAUAUUGUUUUUAUCUAGAUCCUCCAUUAGUAAAUUCAAUCUAUUUUGAAUUAAACCAUCUAAUUAAAAAUGUUAUGAUUUAUGCAUUAAAAUAAUAUAAACAACGCGAACGAAAACAAUAAUCAUGUCGGACGCUUGGGAAGAAAUUCAAGCGGUGAAAAGUAAACGAAAUAGUCUGAGAGAAAAACUGGAAAAACGUAAGAAAGAACGGCAAAGUAUCCUAGGUACAACGUUAAUAACUGACAAAAGCGAAGGAUCGCCUAGUAACAAAGAAAAGAGUGUCUCAAGCCCGGCAUCAAAAUCGGAAGCUUCACACGAGAAGCCCAAACUCCCGAUUCCCCCUGCAUCUUUAGAAGUGCAGCUCUUGCAAGUGCUAUCAGAUAUGCAGUUGCAGUUGCCAGCUACAGCGAGUGCAUUGCUCCCCGGUCUCGGAGAUGUAGACACUGGUAUUGUUGCUAGUUUGUUGCAGAAAUUUGCCACACAAAAGUUAAUUACAAUAAAAGAAAGAACAGAGAGCACCACAGAUGCAAGUAUAGAAGUAGUCAGUGCUGAGUCGGUUAGACUUGCUGCCGUGUUGGCAGCUUUAAUGGAAGAACAGAAUAACACUAAUAAAAGGAAAGGUGAUGGGACUACAGAAGAAAGACCCAAGAUUAAAGUUUCCAAAUCGAAUACAGAUGAGAAGAGAGCUGGUAAAGGGGACACUGAUAUAAUGUCACUCUUAGCCAUGCCAUCAAGUAGAGAGAAAGCUGUGAAAAGAGUUGGAGAAGAGAUAAUGGAUCUAUUAAGCAAACCUACUGCUAAGGAGAAGUCUCUAGCUGAUAAGUUUAAAAGCCAAGGAGGUGCGCAAGUAAUGGAGUUCUGUCCGCACGGUACGCGCGCGGAAUGCGUGCGCGCAUACAAAGCGCAGGAGAGCGAGAGACCAACGGACGGACAGACGCAAAGCUACGGGUGUAAGAAACUGCACUUUAAGAAGAUCAUACAGAGUCACACGGAUGAAACGCUCGGUGAUUGUUCGUUUUUGAACACCUGCUUUCAUAUGGACACUUGCAAGUAUGUACAUUACGAAGUGGAUAACGCAGACCCCAAUGUCGCAGCAAGUAAAACUGCAGUGGAACAGCCCAUGAAAUCGGGACAAAAUGGCACAAAUGUGGUGUCGACCGUUAAACCGGAUGGAGUUCUGACGUUGACCCCCCCACAGUGGAUUCAGUGCGACUUGAGAUAUCUCGACAUGACGUUCUUGGGUAAAUUCGCGGUGAUAAUGGCGGAUCCGCCGUGGGACAUUCACAUGGAACUGCCGUACGGCACCAUGUCCGAUGACGAGAUGAGGUGCCUCGGCGUGCCGCAGCUGCAGGACAGCGGCCUCAUCUUCCUCUGGGUCACCGGCAGGGCCAUGGAGCUGGGCCGGGAGUGCCUCAAGCUGUGGGGCUACGAGCGAGUGGACGAGCUGAUCUGGGUGAAGACGAACCAGCUGCAGCGGAUCAUUAGAACAGGCAGAACUGGCCACUGGCUCAACCAUGGGAAGGAGCAUUGCUUGGUGGGAAUGAAAGGCAACCCGGAAAAUUUAAAUAGAGGACUGGAUUGUGACGUCAUAGUGGCUGAGGUACGAGCGACGUCGCACAAGCCGGACGAAAUAUAUGGUAUCAUAGAGAGGCUCAGUCCAGGCACAAGGAAAAUAGAAUUAUUUGGUCGGCCUCACAAUGUGCAGCCCAACUGGAUAACCCUGGGAAACCAAGUGGACGGAGUACGUUUGGUAGACCCAGAGUUAAUAGCAGCCUUCAAGAAAAGAUACCCUGAUGGCAACUGCAUGGCCCCACCACCUCCAGAUCCCGGCCUCGCCUAGCGAAUCUAGUCUAAUAUAAACGCUGUAUAAGUGUCCAAUUUUUUAAGUUUAAAAACAAUUUACAUCGUUCAGAGUAUAUGUGAAUUUAGGGAUAGUUCAAAUAUUUUAUUUUAAUCCAUUUAAAUUUUUUUAUUACUGAAACAAUUUUAUUCUUAUGUGAUAAUCGUCCUAUGAAUGUGAUCUUUCACGUUUCUUAUUCAAUUACUGCAAAUAAUUGAGAGUACCUACUAUUUUUAAACUACAAACUAAUCUAAAAAUAGUAUUAUUAAAUACUCGUGAUGGUAGAGAUUGACUUGUGACUUUUUUUAAUUUUAAACAAUUACAUACCUCGUAUGUAUACAAUA